CCUCCCCAAAAUGGAUCGAAGCAUCCACUAAUUUCAUUUCCCGGUCCCUUACCCCGCACUGUUGCGCUAGCCAGUACUAACUUGGGAGCGCUAUGGACAAACGACAGAGGAAAAAAGCAGAGGGGACGUCGGUCUCUGAUUGGUAAAGCAGGGGUCCUUCUCGUGAUCACUAAUUUGGCAAAUCCCCAAAGGAAUAUAUUCCUCCCUGCUUCUCCUGCACUAAAUUGGGUUCCCUCCGUCAUAACAGAUGCCGUACGGCAACAUGGCCUCCUCCUUUUCCCUCAGGGACUUCCGAGUCUCCCGGCCUCAGAGAGGCCCUUCCAUCCGAAGUAUUCGGUCGGAUUGGGCCAAUGCAAUCACCGGGCGACUCGCCGUCCGCCUCCCGUAGAAGGGCCGAGCAGCAGGAUUCCUGAAAUCCCCAACACCCCCACCAGGGGCUUCGCUCCCCCCAUGGCUGUCGCUAACAGCAUUAUCGUGCUGGAUGAUGAUGAGGAGGAUGAAGCAGCUGCCCAGCCAGGGCCUUCCUCUCCAGCUCCAAAUCGGGUCCAACCCCUGGCAGCAGCCUCUGAUUCCCUUCAGUCCAGUGGGGAAGGCAGCAGCAGUAGUGGGGGCAGCAAGAAAUGCUACCAGCUGGAGAACGAGAAGCUGUUUGAAGAGUUUCUUGAUCUAUGUAAGAAGCAAACUGGAGAACACCCUGAGGUCGUCCCAUUCCUCUGUAAUCGAAGACAACGUGCUCGCCCGACGUUCCUGGCCUCAGCUGAGCUCCGAAAUGUGCUCUCUAGAGUCCUUUCCCGUGCCCAAACUCGGCCUACCAAGCUUUACGUCUACAUUAAUGAGCUUUGUACACUCCUUAAAGCCCAUUCAAUCAAGAGGAAGGUGCCCCUGACCCCUGCUUCCACAUCCAGUGACCCCCCUGGGGAUGCUCCCCCUGCUAAUCCUUCCUCUAACCCUGCCCCUACUGAAGAAACUGCUCCUGGUUCCUCACGACCCAGAGGUUCAAGGAGACAGAUCCAGCGCUUAGAGCAACUGCUGGCAUUGUAUGUGGGAGAGAUAAAACGACUACAGGAAAAGGAGCUGGAUCUAUCUGAGUUAGAUGACCCGGACUCCGCAUAUUUGCAAGAAGGGCGGCUGAAACGUAAGCUACUAGGACUCUUUGGGCGUCUAUGUGAGUUAAAAGCAUGUAGCUCACUGACAGGCCGUGUGACUGAGCAAAGGAUACCCUACCGGGGCACUCGAUACCCAGAGGUCAAUCGCCGUGUAGAGCGUCUCAUCAAUAGACCUGGCCCAGACACUUUUCCUGACUAUGGGGAUGUCCUUCGGGCUGUGGAAAAGGCAGCCACCAGACAUGGCCUCUGCCUCCCAAGGCGACAGCUUCAGCUCCUUGCUCAGGAUGCCUUUCGAGAUGUUGGCACCAAGUUACAGGAGCGGCGUCAUCUUGAUCUUGUCUACAACUUUGGCUGUCACCUGACAGAUGACUAUAGGCCAGGCAUUGACCCUGCAUUAUCAGAUCCUGUCCUGGCCCGUAGGCUUCGGGAGAAUAGAAGCUUGGCGCUCAGUAGGCUGGAUGAAGUGAUCUCCAAAUAUGCAAUGAUGCAAGAUGAGAGUGAGGAGGGUGAGAGACAAAGAAGAAGAGCCCGGCUUUCCCAAGGAAAUUCUCCUCACAAUGAAGACCUUCCAACAGCAUCCACAGACUUGGGAGAGGGCCCUAGUGGGAAAAAGUCCACAUCCUGCCCCACUGUCUCCAAAAUUGAUACAGAUGAGGAUGAGGAUGAAGAGGAGGAGGAGGAGGAAGAGGAAGAAGAUGAUGAAGAUGAAGAUGAGGAACUCACAGAUUCAGAGGAAGAAAUGGAAGAGAGGCAGGAGGGCCUAAGGGAGGAAGAUGAGCCAGGUAAGAAUUAUGUAGCUUCUCGGUCUCCAUUUCAAAGGACUACUGAGCAAGAGCUGGAGCCUGAGCGGGGAAGCAGUAGUAGCAGCUCUUCAGUGGAAGAAGAUGAAGCAGGAAUGUCAGGGUCAUACUCCCUACCUCAAAGGAAAAAACCUGUUCCCAGUUGCCUUGAAAAUGAAGACAAUGGGGAACAGCUCCUAUCAGAAGAGUUGUCCCAGGAUGUUGAAAGCCCAGCCUCCCAACUAUUUGAAUUGAUGAUUGAAGCCUUACCCUUGGACACAGUCCCCUCUCCUGAGGACAGGGAUCUCCCUUCUCCCAAGAAGUGCCCAGUACUUCCCCUCCCCAACAGCCUCCUGGAGAAUGGGGCAGCCACUGUUACCUCUACUUCCUUCAAUGGUGGAGUGUCUCCUAACACCUUGAGGGUUCCUAGUCCCCCUCUCAAGAAGUCUCGGAAGGAAGACAUGGCAGAAACAGAACUAAUUGGGUGCAGCUGCAUUGAGGUGCAAGCUGCAGAUGAAAGAGAGAAUGGGAAGAGGUGUCAUUUCCCCAGUUCCCCCUUCCCUUUGGUUUCUUCCCUGCUUCCAGUUGCUGACUCUUCCACACGAGCAGAUUCGCCUAGCCAUGGCUUGGUCACCAGUUCUAGGUGUAGCCCUCCACCAUCCAGGCUCCCUAGACCACAAGCUUCCAGGCCUGCAGUCCGCAAGAUGAGUGUGGCAACACAAUGUGAUCCCGAAGAGAUCAUCAUCCUCUCAGACUCUGACUAGCUGUCUGGCUUUCCCUGCCCUCACUUCCCACGGUUUUGAUUUUUUGGGGGGAGGGGGAAGCUGAGCUGUACCCUUUUUGUUGGUGUUUUGAAAAUAAUAAAAACUUUAAAGGUUUAUAAAAAUGAAACUAAAUAAAAGUUCUUUUCUUACGGUAA